AUAUCAAUUCUUAAUAUGGUGAUAUUACACGAUGAAGCGUAUUAUAAAAGUCGAAUACCGCAACCCGAUUUAGGACCUUUCAGAAAUUUUUUGCGGUUCCUAUGGGAUAAAGAGAGAAAAGCGUUUCUCGACCGAACGGCGAAAGAGUGGGGUCAACUAGGAUUAUUUUAUUUGUGCUUUUUUACUGUUUUGGGGACAAUAUUUGCUAUACAAAUGAAGGUCAGUAUAGAUUACGUUUCUCAACUGGAUAAACCAUUUUUUCAAUAUUCAAAAUCUGGAAGAACUUCACGUUUCACCCGAUCAACUUUUGGCAGUCCAGGUAAUCUUCAUUUGCUUCAUUCUUUAAUGCAAAAAUUAAGUAAUCCUUACCUUUGUUAUUCUUGUAACUUUGUAACGUAUUUAAAAAAAAAAAUAAUACAGCAUGUCAACUGCAUCGCCAAUUAUUUCGAAAAUAUAUAUAUCAUAAAGCCGCUUGUCAUUUUAGAAUACGAUAAAAAUAGAUCGAACUACGAUUUAGACUGCCAUAAAAGGCAUUCGAUAUCAGGCCAUUAUAGAAAAUCUUGUUAUUUUAACAUACACAAUCUUGGGAUAUGUAGCACGCCCCCAUACGGUUACACGAAACCUUUGAAACCUUGCGUUCUUAUUAAAUUUAAUAAGAGGUUCGACUGGAUCCCAGAAUAUUACAAUUACUCGUCGCAUUUGCCGCACAAUAUGCCAGCGAGACUGAAGAAAGUAGUGCAAAAAUCUCAUAAGCCUUAUAUUUGGUUGUCGUGCAACGGAGCGAACAACGUCGAUAAAGACCAUAUCGGUGAAAUAGAAUACAUCCCAACUCCUGGAUUUCCAGUCGAAUAUUUCCCAUUUACCGGCCAAGUAGAUUACAUGUCUCCUAUUGUCGCGUUAAAAUUCAAUAGUUUAACGCUAAAUAGAUUAGUGACAGUGGAGUGUUAUUUAUGGGCUCAAAAUAUCGAGCAACACUCUCGAUACUCGUUAGAUUUUCAAAUAAUAAUAGCCAUCACUGGAGCAUUCUAUACUUGCUUCUUCAGCGCGUUGGCAUUGCUCUUUGCUGUUUGCAUGAAAGGAUUGUUAGCUACGCUAAAUUACGAAAAACCAAGAUGGAUUCUCGAAGAAAGUUUAAUAGGAACCAAUCCAGGUUUAGGAUUUCGACCGAUGUCUAACAACGCCGACGAACGAUCCUUAAUUUGGUAUAGUUCGUCGGAUCCUAGCUCCGUGCAGAAAUGGACAGGACUGUUGGAUACGUUUCUAGAAGAAUAUAUUAAUUCAUCGUUGUUGCCAAACGGUGGUAGAAAUCAACAAAUUUGUAAUUACAAUACGCCGGUUAAGCCGGGACACGUUUGCGCGGUUGAGGUGAACAACUGGGGCCCUUGCUCGCCCAGCCAUCAAUAUGGUUUCAAUAAUUCUGCUCCAUGCAUCUUCAUUAAAUUGAAUAGAAUAUACGGUUGGAUACCAGAAUAUUACAACGACACCGAAAAUUUACCGAACGAAAUGCCGCCUGAUCUUGUCGAACAUAUUAAAUCUACCAACAGUUCAUGGUUGAACACUGUAUGGGUAUCCUGUAAAGGUGCAAAUCCUCAUGACAACGAAGAUAUCGGUGAAUUGAAUUAUUAUCCCGAGAACCAUGGAUUUCCAGGAUAUUAUUAUCCAUAUCAAAAUAUUCCUGGUUACUUAAGCCCUGUCGUUGCCGUGCAUUUCCUUCGGCCGGCAAGAAAUAAAAUAAUCAAUGUGGAAUGUCGAGCUUGGGCAAAGAAUAUAAAAUAUAUGACGUCACAGAAUCAACAGCAUGGCAUGGUACAUUUUGAACUUAUGAUCGAUGAAUGAUAGUUAUUUCAUCUCUGUAUAGAAAUAAAAUCUUGUACCUUCGGAUGCAAAAAUAUCUGCAGAAUAAUGUGGACAACGGGAACGAAAGUUAGUGGUAAAUUUGAAGAAAAAAAAAAAAAAACAAUCAACGAAACUUUUGG